GAGAUUGCGCAGUGGGGGCGUCGGCCGGGACCCUUCUGCCUGGGCUGGGAGGGGGCGACGCUGAAAUGGGGGCAGCGGCCGCGGAAGCGGAUCGCACUCUGUUUGUGGGCAACCUCGAAACGAAAGUGACAGAGGAGCUCUUGUUCGAGCUUUUCCACCAGGCUGGGCCAGUAAUAAAGGUGACAAUUCCAAAAGAUAAGGAUGGUAAACCAAAGCAGUUCGCAUUUGUAAAUUUCAAACAUGAGGUGUCUGUUCCUUAUGCAAUGAAUCUACUUAAUGGAAUCAAACUUUUUGGAAGGCCCAUCAAAAUUCAAUUUAGAUCAGGAAGUAGUCAUGCCUCACAGGAUGUCAGUUUGUCAUAUCCCCAGCAUCAUGUUGGAAAUUCAAGCCCUACCUCCACUUCUCCUAGCAGCAGAUACGAAAGGACAGUGGAUAAUGUGUCUCCAUCAGCACAGAUGAUCCAGAGGUCUUUCUCGUCUCCAGAAAAUUAUCAGAGACAAGCAGUGAUGAACAGUGUUUUGAGACAGAUGUCAUAUGGUGGGAAAUUUGGUUCUCCACAUGUGGAUCAGUCAGGAUUCUCACCAUCAGUUCAGUCCCAUAAUCAUGCUUUUAUCCAGUCGUCAAGCUCCCAGUGGCGCCAGGAUACCCCGUCGUCGCAGCGUAAAGGCAGGCAGAAUUCUCACCCCUACCUGGCAGACAGACAUUACAGCCGUGAACAGCGGCACUCUGAUCACGGGUCUGACCGCCACUACAGAGGCAGCCGCGAUGAUUUCUUCUAUGAAGACAGGAACCAUGAUGGCUGGAGCCAUGACUAUGAUAACAGGAGAGACAGUAGUAGAGAUGGAAAAUGGCGUUCGUCUCGGCACUAACAGGUGUUAAAAGGACGAUGUUUUAUAGGGUCAUUUUAGGCACUUUUGACUAAGUUGGUCUGGAAAUAUUUUGUUUAGAAACUGUACAGAGCAGCUUUACAAGUUGCCACCUUUCUUUAUAAAUUUUUUUAAAGCUGAUAGCUACAAUUUCAUACAGAAAGGAAGAUUGUGGUUCUACUUUUAUUACAUUAAUAACCUUUCACCUCAGGGUUUUAAGCAAAGGAAAGUGCCACAUCUCUUUAGACAGUUUAGGAAGGGUGGAUUAUAUAGAUUGUUUGAAUUAUAAAGCAAAUAUUUUAAUUAUCUGUUAUCUUUUUGUAUAGCAAGAAAUUUCUUGUUAGUGAAUCAGAUUUUGGUGUGUAUGAUAGAAAAUAUGCAAAUUGAUAGUCUGAAAUGGCUAUCCGUAUUUUGGUAAUAAACUAGAAAACACAACAUUUCAGUGACUCAUUAACAUUUUAUUUAAUGAAACUUAAUGGUUAACUUUGGGGAUAAAUCAUAUUGCGUAACUUAGAGAAAUUAACUAUAAAUUCGGUGAUGUGCUCUUUUAGUUUUACCCUGUUUGAACACAUAAGUAUAAAUCUAUACAUGCUCUGUCAUUCUAAAGUUUGGAAUUUAUUCAAUAAAUCACGUUUGAUGUAUGACUGAAGUCACUCAGGAAGUUGAAUAUCUCAUAUAUUUUUACAUUAGAAGGUAACAGUGUUAAUAUAGAUCCAUUUUUUCAGGAAGAAAAACAUGUCAAUGCAUAGUCAGAUAAAAUGGUAGUGUUUGAAAGUAUACUUACUGGAGGAAACAUCCAUGAAGAGUUGAAGUGCUGCCUCGUAUUUCAAACUUUAAAAAUUUUAACAUUUUCAGAGUAUCCAGGAUGUGCAUACAAGGACACAUCGUGUUAUGGAGAUUGUACAGUUUGCUUUUUUUUUUUUUUUCUUUCUUGAACAUUGGAAAGAGUUUAAACACUUUGCUGAUUUUAAAUUUUUUAAAUCUUGUUUGACAGAACUUUUAUGUAUCAAAAUGUAGUUGCCCUUUUAUUACAGAAUUGUUUAUAAAAAUUCCUUUAAAAAUUUGGAUCCUUUUUAAUGCCACUACAUUUGUACUAUGUUGCUUUUUAAUGUAUUAAAAACAAA